CUCUAUCUCUCUUUCUCUUUCUUGUUGUGCAAUAUACAACCGUACUUGUGCCAUCACCACUACUACGAUAAUUUCUCCUCUUCUUUCUUGCUUUCUUUUAUUGUACGGAUGCUGCCACCGUCCUCAUCAGCAUCAACUUCUAGAUCAAGCUUUAAUGAGAGUCGAUAUGUUUACGACUAUCUUCAAAAACGGCUACGAGGGAUUGGAGGACACAACCGAAGGAACAACAACAGCCAACAGGAACGACAAAGGAUAUUGCAAGCUGUGCGAUCACAAUCAGUUGCUGCAUUGACCGAGAAUCCCAUCAAUUUAGAAGACCAUGAUAAAAUAUUUGCAUCUGCGUGGAUUAGUAGUACAAGGGUGGUUAUUGGGACCAAAGAGGAUAAGCUACUCUUGCUCAACAUUAAUGAUUCAAAAAACCCAUGGACAAGUAUUCCAUUGAUGAAAUACAAGGCGCCGUCACUAGCAUCUGUAGCAAAUAAUCAUCAACGUGUCAGUAGAAGCACCGAUGCACGAAUGACCACCUCCGCAAGUCGAAGAACAAAAGGACAAAGAAGCAAUAAUGCAGCCGAAGGCAACAACAGCAGCAAUACAGCAGAGAACGAUGAUGAUGAUGAUGAAAGUAAUGUGUACAUGCGCGAGCCAAUCACACCCACAAGUAUACGGCAACGGUUUGGCGUUUCGUCACAACAUCAUGAACAGCAACAGAAGAAAAAGUGUGAAGGAAUCCGUAGUCUGUCCGUAAACCCGAGCAAAACACUACUUGCAGUUGGAUUGGCGGACCCACCCAUCGUGAUGAUCUAUCGUCUGCCCGAACUCAGCCCAGCCGGCAUUACCGCCCGUGACCAUCGUGAUGCAGUCUUUAGCGUACAGUGGUUGGAUGAUACCACGUUUGUUACUGGAUCACGCGACGGGUCGUUGGGUCUGUGGAAAAUGGAUGACAACAGGGAGCAGAACGAGAAUGAUGAUAUCGGACGACGAACGGUGCAAGAGAUACCACGCAUUUGGGCAAGUCAAACUGCUGGUGGGUUUGCUCCACGGAUCCGGGACACAAAACUGACCGGGUGCACAACAGCAGCGAGUUUGGCGGCAAAUGGAAUUGUACAGAUCUGGGAUCUAAAGGAGCGGCAAAAGCAAAGGAAUAUCAAGUUAUGGCAUACGCGAGAGCUUGUCUGUAUUGCAACACAACAAGGAAACGAAAGAGGGUUAUUAGCCGUUGGGUCACAAGAGCAUGUUACUCUACUCGAUCCACGACUUUCAUGCACCGCUUCUGCAGAACAAGAAUUUCCGUCGCAGGACCAGGAUUGGGGUGUACGAUCACUGGCAUUUCAUGAUCAUAUUGUGACGUGCGGUGGCGGUCUUGGCCGUGUAUCGUUUUAUGACAUUCGCAAAAAGGCAUUUAUACCUUCGAACAGUAACACGACAACAUCUUCUUCUUCUUCGUCAUCGCCUUCAUUAUUGUCGUCUCCUCCAUUGUCCGAUACUUUCUGCUCCGUUUCAUCGGGAUGGCUGGACGAAUCGAGCUCAAUUUAUCAGACAUAUUUUCAUGGUCAGCACCGACUGAUGCCGCAAGCAGUAUACACAUUAGAAUACAGUCCAGAUGAUUCCGGCAAGCUGUUCACUGCGGGUGGACCUAUUCAAAGCUCUUUACGUGGUUGUUAUGCUGCUUUAUGGUCUUAGAAAGAUAAAAUAAUAAUCUAAAAUCAUCAUUAUUGAGUUAUUACUACUCGUAUAUAGUCAAAGUCAAGAAAUGAUUUGUUAGCGUUGUAUAAUCUUUUUGUUUGUUGUAAACAAAUAUCUCUCUCAAAUAUGAGGAAUUCCAC